AUGCCCACACCAACUGAUUCAACUACUAAUAAUAACAACGCAUCACAAUCCACCAUUAUACAUCAUCGUGAGCGUUAUCAUCCACAUCAAACUUCAGCGUCAACAACAAAUCGUACUACAGUACCAUUGUCACGGAAUGGACCAAGCAAUGGUCUAGGUGGACCCGGUGGUGGCUCUGCCAAUGUUAUUUCAAAUGGCAGUGCAUCAACAAUUGGUGGAAGCAAUGCGAAACAUAAUGGUGGAGUUGGGCGAUGUCGUCAAAAUACAUCAACGACAACGACAACCACGUCAUCAGACACGGUUGUCACAACGGAGAAUUCAGAAAAUAGACUGUACGAUAAUUUUUAUUCAUUAAAAGAGGAAGACUUUGAGAAGCACACAACAUAUAUUGUACCAGAUCUUGCCGUUGACGAUGGUGUACCAAAUAGAGCCGAAGCUAGUUUACCUAGAAAUUUAGUAUUAAAAGCAUCACAAGCCUUGAGCGAUGUACAGGGUGUUUGGAGUACGGGUUACAUUCCAAGGGGAACAAGAUUUGGACCGUUGGUAGGUCAAGUUUAUGCCAAAGAUGCUGUUCCUAGUACAGCCAAUCGAAAAUAUUUUUGGAGGAUAUAUAAAGACAACGAAUUAUUUUACUAUAUCGAUGGAUACGAUAUUGGUAAAUCAAAUUGGAUGCGUUACGUAAAUCCAGCAUAUUCCAGUGAUUCACAGAAUUUAAUAGCAUGUCAAUAUAAUAUGAAUAUAUACUUUUAUACAGUAAAACCUAUAUUACCUGAUCAAGAAUUAUUAGUAUGGUAUUGUAAAGAAUUCGCGGAACGAUUAAAUUAUCCAUUAACUGGAGAAUUAAUGUUACAAAGAAUACGUCAACAAGUACAACAAUCUGUAAUACCGACUCCCAUCACACCUUCAAACACAAAUUCACAAGAAGUAAUAACAGUUAGUACAACAUCUCCAAGCUCCAACGAAAAUAACAACAAAAGAAUAACACAACAACAAACGCAUCACCAAAAUUCAGCAUCUACGACAAUUACGCCUCAUCAUGUCCAACACAGUGGGAAUCAUCAAACGAAGGAACCUGUGGUGUCCAGUGUAGUAAUCACAAUAAAUCGAAUAAAUGGCAAUGCAAUAGCUCCAACUCAACCCCAAAACCAACAACAUCAGCAGCCAUCUAACUCGAACGGUACAACGUCGGUAACGGCUGCUGGACCACAACCGCCAGCAGAUCCAGUACAAUCUAACAGUACAGGAUCGUCUGGAUCACAUCCACCAUAUGAACAUCAACUAACACCUACAGAUGGAAGUGUACGUUCAGAUGAAGGAUACCACAGUAAUGGGUAUCAUGAUGAUGCAUUUACACCACCAGAAGACUCAAGUGACAGUGAAUCCGAAAGUAAUUAUGUAUUGGAUUUUAGUAAAAAAUCAACAAUAGAUACCAAAGAUAUAAAACAAGAACUAAUUCAACAAAAUAUUACAACGACAUGCCCAACAAAUAAUUCUCGGAUUGCCUCGUCACAAGAUCAUACUCCAAAUUCACAGCAUCCACAAGAUCCACAAAAAAAUGAGUAUCGUAAAGUGAAAAUAAAAAUAUCAAAAGCAUACAAUAAUCACCAUUAUAAAUUAAAACAAGAAAUGGAUGUAGAUAUUCCAAUUGAUACAAAAGAAACAGCGGAACCACCAAUGAAAACAGUCGUUGAAAUAUGUCGACGUAGUAGUCCAUUAAAUCCACGUUUAUUAACACCAUUAUCUAGUCCUGGUUCAAUACGAAAAAUACGCACACCCACACGAUUAUCACGAAGUCCAUCACGGAGUCCAACAAUUAUACAUAGUCCACGUAGUCCAACAACACCGUCACCCCGACCUAGACAAACUUUAAUCACAAUUACACCACCGAAUUCAACUGUAAUUGUUGUGGGUGACUCAACAAAUAAUAGUGAGAAACAACGUAAUGAUAAACCAUACUAUGAAGAAGAUGUUCAACAUAAUACAUCACCAAAUCAAAUUAGUCGUUAUACACCUCCAUCAUCUUCCAUUUUAGAAAAUAUUCUAUUACGAAAUCGUAUAACAGAUCCCAAUAAUAAUUCCAAUGAACAUCAUAUUCGGCAUUUACAAACAAAUGCUGCAACCCCACCUCCGCCACAUUCACCUACAGAGAUGGCGUAUUCAUAUAAGAAAAGUCAUCGAUAUGGCGGUACAAUACCAUGUAGCCCUGAUUCCAGUUCAAAUAAUUUAUUGAUACCCACACAAAGUCCACAAAUUAUUAUACCCAGACCAAAUAAUACACACUCACAACAAAUCAGUCCGCAGUCACCAGGUUCAACGAAUAUUAAUCAACAACCAACAUUAAUAUAUGCCACAAAUAUUGUCUUACCCCACAGUACUGAAGAAUAUACAAAUAAUUCAAGGCAUAUUCAACAACAUUCACCUUCACAAAGUAGUGGAAACUAUUAUUAUUCUGGAAUACAUCAUGUUCAUUCAUCGUCGUCGAAUAAUCAAAGUCCAAACUAUAAUAAUAACAAUAAUGGAACAAAUUCAUUGAAAUCAAGUCCCAAUGCAACAUCAACAACAUAUUCCCCUCCAAAUACAAUAAAUUAUCCAUCAUUUCAUCCAAGUAAUGCUGGACAAUUCCAAUCAACUUACUUAAGUCAUCACCAUCAUCAUUUAAAUCAAACGCACCAUUUAUUGCAACCUUUGGUUCCACUCCAACAUACAAACAAUGGUACAGGAUCCACCAACACAUCAUUACAUGGCAGUUCAAAUUCACGGCCAUGUUCAAUAAGUCCGGAUGCCAGAAGUGGUAGUCCUUUAUCACCAAACGGCUCAAAUGGUUCGCGGGGUUAUCGUUCUUUACCAUACCCUUUAAAGAAAAAAGAUGGUAAGAUGCAUUACGAAUGUAAUGUAUGUUGUAAAACGUUUGGCCAAUUAUCGAAUUUAAAAGUACACUUACGUACGCAUAGUGGUGAAAGGCCCUUUAAAUGUACAGUAUGUACAAAGAGUUUCACACAAUUGGCACAUUUACAAAAACAUCAUUUGGUACAUACGGGAGAAAGGCCACAUCAAUGUCACAUAUGUAAAAAACGAUUUUCAUCUACAUCUAAUUUAAAAACACAUUUGCGAUUACAUAGUGGUCAAAAACCGUAUGCAUGUGAUUUAUGUCCGGCGAAAUUUACACAAUUUGUACAUUUAAAAUUGCAUAAACGUUUGCAUACAAACGAAAGACCGUACAAUUGUCAAAAAUGUGAUAAAAAAUAUAUAUCGGCAUCUGGAUUACGUACACAUUGGAAAACAACAAGUUGUAAACCAAAUAGUGAUGAAGAAGAAAUGUUGGUUGCAGCGGCUGUUGGUGUAGAUAAUUCCCCACCACGUAUUACUGGCUAUGGUUCUUAUGAUUAUUCGUAUUCAGAUGGAAGUCUAGGUGGUCAUGAUAAAGAUCUUUCACAUCCAGAUGAUUCACGUGAUUCGUUUGAAAUGCAACAGCAUAACGGCCAUUUGAGUCAUAAUGGACAAAUGGUAUCACAUAUUCCAACAACAACACAAGUUCCUGUGGUAGGACAAGUAAAUACACAAAAUGGUGGGCAACAUCCUGUUCACUCAAAUGGUGAAACACGACCCACUGUUAUUGAGUCAUCCCAACCACAUAUAAUUGAAUGUACAUAA